GAGAGAGCAUGCUAACUGUAACUGUGUGUUCCAGGAUGAUGUGAUGAUGCCUCAGCGAAUACAUCUCCAAUACGAGGCCUGCCUCUUCAACUCUAACUCUUUGAUUGGCUGUCAAGUCCGCAGGGAUCCAGAGGGAUCUACUGAGCGCUACACACGCUGGAUCAACAACAUCAGCCAGGAUCAACUCAGCACCCAGGUGUACACCUCUCACGGCCCUACGGUCAUCAUGCCAACAUGGUUCUGCUCCAGGGAUUGGUUCCAGCGGGUCGGAACCUUUGACGAGGGCGGCAAGGGAGUUCCAGAGGAUCUGUUGUGGUUCUAUCAGAGUGUUGGUCAGGGAGGAGGUGUGGUCAGAGUGGACCAGUGUUUACUAGUCUACCGCUACCAUCAACAAGCUGCUACACACUCUGUCCUGGAGGAAACCAUUUGGAACCUCCGUGUGGCCUUCCUCCAGGAGAGAGUUAUCAACCAAUGGGAAUCCUUCACCAUAUGGAAUGCUGGGAAACAGGGCCGGAAACUAUACCGCUGCCUCAGUUCCUUCAAUCAGAAGAAGGUUCGAGCGUUCUGCGACGUGGACGAGAAUAAGAUCAAGAAAGGCUUCUACACCUAUGAGGAGUCCAAGGAGAGGCCCAAGCCUCAGAUCCCUGUACUGCACUACAGAGAUGCGUCUCCACCCUACAUCAUCUGUGUCAAGCUGGACAUGACCGGAGGAGUGUUUGAGGAAAACCUGAAGUCUCUCCAUCUGGAAGAAGGAGUUGACUACUACCACUUCAACUAACACUCUGGGAUGUAGAGAUGGAGAGGAGAGGAGUUGACUACUACCACUUCAACUAACACUCUGGGAUGGAGAGAUGGAGAGGAGGGGAGUUGACUACUACCACUUCAACUAACACUCU